UUGCAUUUCCAUGUUCUGUGUACUGUGGGAGACCAGAUAUAGUGAAUGCAGGGUUCGGGGAGAUCAGAUAUAGUGAAUGCAGGGUCCUGGGAGACCAGAUAUAGUGAAUGCAGGGUCCGGGGAGACCAGAUAUAGUGAAUGCAGGGUCCUGGGAGACCAGAUAUAGUGAAUGCAGGGUCCGGGGAGACCAGAUAUAGUGAAUGCGGGGUCCCGGAGAGACCAGAUAUAGUGAAUGCAGGGUCCGGGGAGACCAGAUAUAGUGAAUGCAGGGUCCGGGGAGACCAGAUAUAGUGAAUGCAGGGUCCGGGGAGACCGGAUAUAGUGAAUGCAGGGUCUGGGGAGAGCAGAUAUAGUGAAUGCAGGGUCCUGGG